GUGACGUCAGAUAGAAACGUUCGGUUAUCGGAGUAAAUUGCGCUUGCCUCUGGUUGCUUUCUUAAUAUAUUGAGCUUUUAUCUAAAGUCCGUUCUGACAAAAUCAUAUUUCAAAAUGGAGAAGGUGAAUCAGUCAGAACAAGAGCUUGAACAAGACUUUUCAAAGCCAUGGGAACAGAGCGAUGUCAUUCUUGAGGUUGAAGGACAACAAUUUCACGUCCAUCGUGUUGUUUUGGCCUUGAGUUCACCCGUCUUUUCUAGAAUGUUCUCCGCAGACUUUAAAGAAAAGCACGCAGAGAAGAUACCUCUACCCGAGAAGAAAGCGAGAGAAAUAAGGGAAAUGCUGUUGGCGAUUUAUCCAACUUCGUGGAAAUCUGUCAACGAGAAUAACUGUUACUUCCUGCUCGAUCUAGCAGAAGAAUACCAGGUGAGCAAACUCACACAGAAAUGUGAAAAUUUUCUGUCGCAAGCGGUGGAUAAGGAGCAAGGAGCUGCCAUCUUGGAGACAUUAAUUGUGGCUCAGAAGUAUACCUUGGAGAAGGUGAUAGAUGUGUGCGUGAAGAAAACACGAAAUCUUAGUCUCCAAGAGAUAAAGAGCCAUUCAAAGUACGAUGAAAUCGAGCCUCUGACCCAACGAAAAAUGAUAGAACUGCAAAUGAGUAAGGUCGAGGAUGAAUUUGCACAGAUGAAAAGAUUGGCUGGUAGCGCAUUGAGGAGCUGCGCCUCAGUAAUCAUGAUGCUCGGUUGUCAUAUUCGGUACGCCGAAAUCUUAAAGGAGUGGCAUAGUAGGCAUAAUCAUAACAAACGUGGCCCUUACCUAAAGCGUAUCUCAUUAAAGGAAAACAUGGAGGUUAUCCUUCACGAAAAAGAAGUGCCUAAAGAAGGUCAUGUUGGUGUUUGUCGGUCAUUGUACGACGUAUUCGAUCCACUUAAAUGUCUCCAUAAAAGCCUAAUGGAAAUGGCGAAGAUUUCACAGAAUUCUACUAACGAGGAAGACAGAGAACUCAAUUCGUUUUUACUUCAGCAUCGCUAUUAAACAGGCUAAAUUCCUAGACUUAUCUGAUAACGGGAUAAGGUGGAAAAGGGAAACCCCCAAAUAGCUGAUAGGACUGCUUUAGCGUUAUUGGCUGUGAUCUAUAACAGUCAGUUCGGUAGCCCAUUAUAUUUUCUUUAUUUACAUAUUAUCACAGACGGUCUAUCUCUGGUUUUGAACCACCUGAUAAGGCGGUCAUGCUUUUCGCAGAAUUUGCAUGAAACAAGAGUUCCCAGCUGAAAACCAGCAAUUCAUAUGCAACACAUUGCACACAUUUGCCACUGAAAACUGAGUUACAGAAAAAUUUGUUUACUAACUGUAUUCAGACAUUUCUCACUCAACUAGAUCAUUGCUGCAAUAUUAGAUAGAAAUUUCAUAUUUUUGUCAAGAUCAUAAUUGAACAGAUCAAUAAUAUUUAGGGUUAGGGUUAGCCGUCUCUCCUUCAGCUCUUCGCCAUUCGAAAGCUAUAAAGAUCGGCCAGAAAAUUGGUGUAAUUGCCAUUGACUUAUCGAAGGCAUUUGACUUCAUCUGCCACAAUAGUUAUUAUUGGCGAAAUAUUAAAAGAUGGCGUCAACGAGUCGGCGGUUCAUUUAAUUCGUCCAUACUUGGCUGAACGCAACGAAAGGAUUAAGUGCAAUUAUACCUUCUCCGAAUCGCUUCCUACUUGUUUGUGCCGGUGUGUCUCAAGAGAGUUUACUGGGCCCGCUGUUAUGUAAGAUCUUCAUAAACGACAUUGACGUCUGGUUAUCUCCUAACUUCAGCUAUGUGCCUACGACUCAACGCAAUAGGGGUGCAAUUUCUUUCUUCAGGCUACUAUCCAAGCACGUCCUCUGAGCAGUGAUCUAGAUGCUCUAACUUCCUGGUUUUCAGUGAAAGUUUUACAAGUAGCUACAAGUUAACGCCUCCAAGACUUACGCCGUAAUGACAAUCCAUUGGUAGAUUAACAUGGAUCUAAAGAAUAUAAAUCUAACUUAUGCCUAUGGUACUUUUCCAUUUAAAGGAUAAUAUGCUCUGUUACUUUUUUGCUUCUUGAAUAUAUGUCAGUGUAUGAUAUGCCUAUAAUUUAGUUUAAAUAUAAUCUGAUUACUACGUCAAACAAUUUUAAAAUGAGCUACUGGCUUAAAAGAUUGCUUCCCAC